AUGUCCAAAGCUUCUGAUAGGGUGGAGUGGGGUUAUCUGAAAGCUGUGAUGGAAAAUAUGGGGUUCAGUAAGGUGUGGGUGGAGUGGACUAUGGAGAGUAUCACCUCAGUGUCUUAUUCCUUCAAUAUCAAUGGAGAGACCAAGAAACAUAUGAUUCCAUCUAGAGGCAUUAGGCAAGGUGAUCCUCUGUCACCUUACCUGUUCCUAUUGUGCUCUGAAGGUCUAUCAAAUAUGUUAAGGAAAGCAGCAAGGCAGGGAUUACUAAGUGGACUAAGGAUUAGCAGACAAGGGCUAGCAAUCACACAUCUCUUUUUUGCUGAUGACAACCUAAUCUUUUGUAAAGCUGUGGGAGAAGAAAUAAGGAAGCUAAGGGAAAUUUUGGAUCAAUAUGAAAGAGGGUUUGGCCAAAUGAUUAAUUUGGAGAAAUCUUCUAUCUGUUUCAACAAGAACACUAAUGAAAGGGAUAAGGUGGAGACCUGUGAACCACUUGCAGGUGUGAGGACAGUGAAUCAAGGGAAGAUUUCUGAGGGUACUUGGAAGAAUAGGUUUUUGAGUGCAGCAGGUAAGGAGGUGAUGCUAAAAGCUGUGACAAUGGCUAUGCCAAAUUAUGCUAUGUCCUGCUUCAAGCUACCAGUUAGAUUGCGCAAAGAGAUCACAGGAUUGAUGGCCAAGUACUGGUGGGGUGAAUUAGAAGGGAGAAGCAAGGCUCUAAAAGUAUGGAAGUUUGCACCAGUACAAUGGGACGGCAUACAGAACCAAACAGGUUGCUUCAAGCAGUGGUGGGCAGCAUUGACGCAAUCCAGGAGUAGGAAUGAAGGAAAACAGCAUAUAGCUCUGACUUCUAACAUACUUUGGCAACUAUGGAAGGAUAGGAAUGAGCUGGAAUUCGAAGGAAAGGAGAAGGUAGGAAUAAGAGUUGUGCAAAAGGCCAGCACAGAGUGGAUGGAGUUUGAGGAAGCUGGUUCAGGAAAGGAAGUUAGAAGUACAUCAGAAAUAGAUGCAGCAAAUGCAAGCUUAGGGGAGGAAGGAAUGGAAGGAAGAGAGCUAAUGGAACUUCAGAUUGCAACACAGAAAUCAACAGAGGACCAUAAGUUGGGAAUUGGCAAAGUGGCCAAGCAGAAUGGAGGAAGAAUCAAAGCUGAAUGGGCGUUAGUGGAUAGAAGCUCGCUAAUGGAUAUCCAAGAUGAAGCUGUUGCAGUGAGACUGGCACUAAUGAAAGCAAGACAGCUGGGUUGGCAAAGGAUCAAAGUCAUAAACGUCAACAAACAUCUGAUUGCCUUGCUAAAAAGUGGGAAAGGAGACAAUCCAAACAUUGUCACGUUGGUGGAAGACAUACUUGCUUUAGCUAAUCUGUUUCAAAUGUGCUUUUUUGAAGUAGGAAAGUCUAGUAAUAUGACUCAUUGUAAUCGCAUUAGCCAUUAUGCUCUAAGCAUAUUUAUGGAUGAGGAGAGAGCUUUUGUUUCUUCUUAA